AGCAUGUCAACUGUCAAGGAGAAGCUUAUUGAGAAUCUAAUUGGGGAAGAGAAGAUCUCCCAGAGUAAGAUCACCAUUGUCGGAACUGGUGCUGUAGGCAUGGCCUGUGCUAUUUGUAUCUUAUUGAAGGAUUUGGCCGAUGAACUUGCCCUUGUUGAUGUUGCAGUGGACAAAUUGAAGGGAGAAACAAUGGAUCUUCAGCAUGGCAGUCUUUUCUUUAAUACUUCAAAGAUUACCUCUGGAAAAGAUUACAGUGUAUCUGCAAACUCCAAAUUAGUUAUUGUCACAGCAGGUGCGCGGCAGCAGGAGGGAGAAAGUCGCCUUGCCCUGGUCCAACGUAAUGUGAACAUUAUGAAAUCGAUCAUUCCUACCAUAGUCCAUCAUAGUCCUGACUGUAAGAUGCUUAUUGUUUCAAAUCCAGUGGAUAUUUUGACAUAUGUGGUCUGGAAGCUAAGUGGCUUACCUGCAACUCGGGUAAUUGGAAGUGGUUGUAAUCUAGACUCUGCCCGUUUCCGUUACCUAAUUGGGGAGAAGUUGGGUGUUCAUCCCACAAGCUGCCAUGGUUGGAUUAUUGGAGAACAUGGUGAUUCUAGUGUGCCCUUAUGGAGUGGGGUGAAUGUUGCUGGUGUUGCCCUGAAGACUCUAGACCCUAAACUAGGAACUGAUUCAGACAAAGACCAAUGGAAAAAUAUCCAUAAACAAGUUAUUGAAAGUGGCUAUCAGAUUAUCAAGCUGAAAGGGUAUACCUCUUGGGCUAUUGGACUAUCUGUGACAGAUCUGGUAGGAUCAAUUUUGAAAAAUCUGAGGAGAGUGCAUCCAGUUUCUACUAUGGUUAAGGGCUUAUAUGGAUUAAAAGAAGAAAUCUUUCUCAGUAUCCCUUGUGUCUUGGGACAAAAUGGUGUCUCAGAUAUUGUGAAAGUUAACUUGAAUUCUGAGGAGGAGGCCCUUUUUAAGAAGAGUGCAGACAUACUUUGGAAUAUCCAAAAAGAGCUGGUAUUUUAA